GACCAUGGCUGCAGAGGGACGCGGCCUCCGCGCCCAGCUCUGGGCGGCGGCGCUGUUCCUGCUCGGUCUGCCGCGCCUCUCCGUGCGGGCGGAUGGGAAGCUUUUUGUGCUGGAGUCUCAGAAUGGCUCUCGGGGCCUAGAACUGGAGGUGGCUCGGCUUUCCUGCAAGAGCAGGGGCGCUCACCUGGUGUCUGCGGAAGAGCUGCGGAGGGUGGUCCAGGAUUGUGCCUUUGCGGUGUGCACCACCGGCUGGUUGGCGGAUGGCACCCUGGGGACAACCGUGUGUAGUAAAGGGAGCAAUGAACAGCAAAUCACGAGAGCCAUUGAUGUGAGAAUUGAGAGCAACCCAGUUCCUGGUGGCACGUACAGUGCCCUUUGUAUUAAGGAUGAAGGUUUUAGGAACGAGGAGACAUCAUAUCUACAGCUUAAUCUCGAAUGGCUCAGAAAAGAAUUACAGAAAAGGAAUUAUUCCCUUCCUUUAUGUCAUCAACUAGAGCUGGAUGCUCACCUUUUUGAGAGCAAUCAGGAAUUUGUGAGAGUAGCCAGUUCCCAAGUCUGCCUAGAGGAGGUCCUGUGCCUCAGGAUUGACUUUGGGGAAAUUCUCCCACUGCUUUGA